UUUUUCUUUUGCAUAAGGUAAACCGCUCCACUCGAAUUUUCUUCUUCUUUAUCUUCUCUCUCUCUUUUUUUCCCCAAAAAAAAAACAUGUCUUCGAACAAUAUGAUAACUUUAACUUCUGUCUCCAAUUCAAGACUAGAACAUUUCCGGACUCAACAUGAACUCGCGCGUAAUUUUUAUGAUGACUAUGAAUUCUGCCCUGUAAACUACAUAGAGGAGGUUACCGAACAUCGGGAAAGAGUUCAAAAACGUACUUCGCCAUACCCAUCACCAAAUCAUUCCCCACCACCAUCUUAUUAUAUUGCACCUAACCAUCAUCGUCAUCAAAAUUCAUCUCCAACAGCUAUAAGUACAAGAGCAAUCCCUAUCAUUGAUCCAAGCAAUAUGACCCCUGUGUCCGUACCUGUGCAUCAACAAUACCCAGUGAAACCAAAUACUCCAUCAAUGGCUCAAUGGAUUGCAUACAAAAAUACUAGCCCAACGAGCAGUAAUAGCAGCAUAAGUAGUAUAAGUAGUAGCAGUAGUGGUAAUAGUAGUGGCAACAACCACUGCUAUAAUUAUUAUUCUAGUAACAAUUGUGCCAUAAAUUAUAACCAACAGCCACCUCAUUUUCAACAACAACAGCCUGUGAUUCCAGUCGUUGCUCGGGGGAUACCUAUUAUAGAUCCUGCAACAAGACAAGCAUUUCGUCAGCAACAACAAAGCCCAAAUAUACCUCCUGGAUUCUAUAACGUUUCAGUAUGCUAAGGACAUCAGCCGUUCUUUUUUUUUUUGUGUAGAUCAUCAUCCUAUAAUACAUUCUUAAAUUAUAUUUUACUUGGUAUAUAUUCGGUUUUAUCAUUUAUUUGUAAAUUUUUUUUCUGUUGUAACAAAUAUAUACAAUUAUAAAUCAUUUCCUUUCUUUUUUUUUCUGGU